AUGAGCACCAUCAAGCAUAUUGAAAAUGACCAGAGCUUCAGGGAAAUCGUAAAAUCAUCCGACUCUGGGAGCCUUAUCGUCGUUGACUUUUACGCUACAUGGUGUGGCCCAUGCAAAAUAAUUGCUCCCGCAUUUGCAGAUCUUAGUAGGAAGUAUACCUCAGUAAAGUUUGUGAAAGUAGAUGUCGACAAAUGUGAGGUAAUGGUUAUUUUUGUUCUUAUGUGGCUAAAUUAUAUUGUUACUUUUGCCCUUUCUUUUGUGUGUGGCCCUAACCUUUAACACGAACGUCUGGGUUUAUUGUCAUCAGCUUCGACGAGACGGUCAUAUGCAUGUGACCACAUACGGUCGUGUCCGUCACGUGUCUUAACUGUAAAAUAUGAGAGGACGCCCAAUCAUAUUGCCAAAUAAUACUCCCCACAGAAGCGGAUUGAUUUAGUCGUCCUCGUCCGUGCUCCUGGCCUCGGUGUCAACGACAUCUCUGGCUCGGAGUGGCAACUAAGUAUGAACCAGCUCCACAUCUGAAGUGGCUUAUCAGCAUGUAGACUUCACUAAUUACAGAAGACCUGCGAGCCACGAGCGUUGGCCAACUGCCCCCCCCCCCCCCCACAUUGCACAGAUUUUAUCAGUUUUUCGUGGCUUUGCACACGCUCGGUCGAUAGUUGACUGGGUUCGGUCUCUGAAGUAGACGCGUGAUUCGGGCACAUUUGCCAACCUCGGUCCUCAAACAAGUUGUCGGAGUGACGUUUUCUGCGGAAUAUUGUCCAGUGUACUCGAGAAAUUCAGACAGACAAAUGGCGCUCUUGUUCGAGGCAUUGAGACGGACCCAUAAACAUCUGGAGAGCAGAUGGAGAAAAAUUCCACAGUAAAAUUAGCGUAUACUGCCGUUUUUCAUAUCUUUCGAGGCCGGCUUAGGUAAAAGUGGUUUUGCUCGGAUCUGGCAACUUGUCCAUGUCUGCCGAAAUGAAAAGGCUUAGACAUUUCUGCAUAUUCGGUUCACGUGUAAAGUUCAGAGGAAAGCAUGGGCCAUGCACCCCUGCCCAAACGUUUUGGUGGUGUCUCGUACACGGCAGAUGUUGAAUAACUUCCUACCAGUCUGACUGUUUAUUUCGAUACCUGGUUGUCCUCGGUGAGUGACCAUCAGCAUUAGGGCUGGGGUGGGUUGAGAUGAAGACGCAGCCCUGCAUCACUCAGCAUUUAACUGCAAAGGCCUCCGACGCUGAUCGAUUGCGAAUGACUGGUCCCAUCGUACGGCCACUAAACCGCCUGCACAUCAUCAUUAGCCACCAAGGACCCAAAUUUUCUCACUACGUUCCUGACUGCGCUCCGGUUCACGGUGUCAAAGACCAUUUUCUGCCACCUAUUUUGUAGUUGCGGAGAGCGUGGCUUGCGCCCUCUUGGCCAAUUAACUCGGACAAUGAACUUGUCUGCCUGUAAAGACGCGAAGGAAUUGUGCAGAUUUCGUUGAACUUCUCAUUCACAUCGUCGUUACUUUUAACUGUAUGGCCAUAGAGAGUCUAAACACCAUAUAAAAGAGGCAAAACCCGACAUCUGCUUCAAUUUAAACGCCUGCACUUGUUAGAGAUGAAAAACGCAUUGCCUAAGACUUCCAACACACGAAACUCGAAGAGGGAAAAUUUCAGGCUGGGCCGCGGUCGUACUGACCCCAUCUCAUCCCACUAUAUCCGUCACCCGCCAAAAGGUCUUCCUUGAUGCGAAGUGGUACACUACUCUUUGCGCGCCCCUUUGUCGCCACUUAGCAUGAUGUGCGCAUAGUGAAUCAGUUCACGCAGCGUGUUUAGGGUGUUUGAUAAAAUCUGUAACAAUUAACUAGGGCUGCUGUUGUUGCCGAACACAAAGUACACAUCGUAAAAAUGACAAUAGGCGCAUGUUAGCAUAUGCUGAUUCUCAGACACUUAUCCUCGCUGGCAUGUAUCCGAACUCCCACGCUGCAUUACCGCUUAGGCGCACAUGUAAACUUCUUGUUGAGUGCCAUGCAUUCCUAACAGCAUGAGAGGCGGUCGACCUAGCCAUUGUGAUAGCCAACCGGACGGUUUCCAAUCUUAUUUGCCUACAACAUGGUGUCCAGGCUCCAGUAAUGUCAAAUGAUGCAGACAACGCUGCGGUUUGCAUCGCCCAGUCCCACUGUUCGCCUAAAAAGUCUUUCUUUGGUCAUUAUUUACUAAGAGGCGUCAAUCCUCCUGAGUGCGGUAUGACCGCGGUCAGACUAUAAAAAUGUCUGGCGGAUCAAUGUUUACUUAGGUGUUCAUUUCGCAGAUUCCAGAUUAAACAACUGAGUAUUGUUUCACCACAAGGUAGCUCCGACUUACAAACCACUGUGGCAGUAGACAAGCCAAAAGUUGUACCUGUUCCAUUCGUACACCGACAGUUAGAAAAGUACGUAGGUGACUGUGGCCGCUCAUAUUAACGGCGCAAGCGUUGCGUGAGUGCGACUUUUAAAUGUCGCCCAGUGUAUGGAACAGAAACGGUGGCGAUCGGAGUUCAGACCGCACAUGGCACUUGGUUUACUGGCGCAGAUGAAAGACGUGUUGUUCCAAGAACGCGCGCGCACCUAAGCAACAUUAAGUGCAAAUUCAAAAACCGCAUACCAUUCAUCAUUAUCCAGUUAGCAAAUAGUGCGCGGCGCGCCCGAAUAGUCAGGUACUCUAACUCCAGGAAACUGUAUCGUGGACAACACGAUCACAGAGAACCGACCGGACACAAUACCGAAAUUAGAGCGAGUUUCCGCUCCCAGCGACAAAAGAAGCAGUGUUAAAAUCUUUGGCAGUUGCUGAAGGGCAAGUCGGCGAUACUCUGUUUUCGGGAGUGGAAUGACCAUCGUCCAGCGACUGUUGGUUUGAUAUCACAACGUUUGAACUAUGCUUUUUCGUGACACUGUGGACCCUGCAGUCGACUAAAGCAGCGUCGUUGCCACCCACUACCGGUACAUGUUCAAUUAGAGAAUGAUGUUAAUGGUCAGGAUUUUAGGGCUAGUAACGCAAUUUUUUUAUAAUUUGGAAUUUAGUCUCCCACAAGAUAUUACUGUAGUUUUAUCUUUCGAUAUGCCAAAGUAUUCCGUGGCCGUUGCUUGCAUUGUUCUUGUCAGUCUGUGUCUUAUGGAUCGGAGUUAUUCGUGCACGUAUUCAUGUAAAUUUUGUCCAAAACUGGCCGGAUCUAAGUUGUGGGCUGCCAGACCACGCAAGACCGCUUUCCGUUUCAGUCGGUUAGUGACAUUCUCCUAUGCAAAGUACAGUCAGCAAGCACUCCAGCCGUGAAGACCAAGAGCCCUGAGGUGCGCUCGUGGUCGGCUUUUGCCACUUCCGAUUGGUCAUCGCUAGCCUGAGUCCUGUCCAGGUUAAAUAGCAUCUCGGACGAUUUUACCUUCAGCACGACUCAGAACGUGACUGAACCAUCACGGUCGGCAAGUUAAAAAGAUACAGUUGAUGGGUUGCGUUUUUGAUCGACCGUAAUCUUUCGUUUAAGGCGUGACCACACAGAAAAGUUCGGAAAAUGAGGUUUAAGCGCCACCCACCAAGUAUUUCCAGGCGGUGUCUAUCUCCUCUCCCCCCAGCUCAGGCUCCAUGUUGCACAUUGGUACAAGCCUCGUAUAACCACAGCUUCAUCUUCUGACAGAUCUCACGUCGAGUCCAAACGCCUCGACAAAAUCGAACAUAGACGCGUGCACCUGGUUGAUUUUUAGACCGAUUUUCUCCUGUCUUUUCCGCUCCAGCGGAAACGUGAACAUGGGCUAGUUGAAGGUAGGGAUGCUGUCUCUGCUCCGGGAUCUGAUGAAUAGGCAGUUACAGACCAGCAGCGACAGCGUCACCAUGACGCGGGAGGCUGAGAUCUGACAUGCCGAUUACUUUAUAAGAUGCCGAAAAGCUUGUCGACGACACUGACAUGGCGACUGCGCAUCAGCAUUAAACCAGCUUGCUUGCUAUCUCAACUUUGUGGUUAGUUUAUUGAUCCAAAGCGCCAGAGAAGACAGCCUCGAACAAACGACCCGAGUGGCUGUUGGAAGCACCUUAAAAGCGUUCACGACGUAGUGGAAGUUGGCAAGAUCAGGAGUGAUCGUGGUCGUACCGAGUGCGAGUACACUGCAUAGGCUCGACAGGGAUAAAACUCCGCUGCGGUCCGCAUCAUGAACACGGUCAUUUGGCGCAGGGGGUCUACCAUUAACUUAGCGAAUAAUUCUGUCAAGUUGCCGACUGUCGUGAACGUUUGAAACUAGACUCUCAUCGUGCACCACAAUCUCUAAGGACUCCACCUCUCCGCAGUCUUCAGUUUAUCGUCAUAAAUUUCGCUUUCGGGGCUUAAGGCCUCACAUCUAGUGGAAAAGACACCUACCAUUUCAGUUAGGAAGAUGGCUGUGUAAGUCUGCCAACCAGAAGGUUAUUAAUGGAGUUUUCGUACACGCGUUUUUCACCGAGAACCAAAUUUCGCCGUAUAUAGCAGGGUUCUGCUAAACCUUGGAGUAUAUAUGUGUGCAUGUAUUUCCUUCUGCGUACAGGAGACAGCCGCCCAUUAUCAGAUAACCGCUAUUCCAACCUUUAUCUUCAUCAAAGACGGAAAAACAGUGGACACUGUACGGACCUCCAACGCUACCGAGCUGCAAAAUAAGCUGGAGCUGCAUGCUGGCAAGGGGCUAACCGGUGACUCCGACGCAUCUACAAGUGGUGCUUCGGCGUUCGCUCACGCCUCUGGCAGUGGCAAAAAUAGUAUUGCAUCAGCAGCACCCACGCCAGGAUACGUAAGUACAUGUGCUCUCAGAGACUAAUGCAUGCAUCGGCACCAGCAUCAACACCACCACCACCACCACCACCACCACCACCACCACCACCACCACCGACCACCGACCACCGACCACUCAUAUUGUAAAGUAUCAUCGUUUUAAAUACAGCGGUAUGCUUGAUGAAGUCUACUUUGCGCGAUUGUUGAUUUUUCCGUCUCUUGUGACUUCUCUGUGCAAGGCGCUGUCGGAAAAUUCGAUCAGAAACUAAUCUUUCAGCGCAAAUACGCUGUUUCCUGCACACAGUUUCUCUAGGCCCAACAUAUCUUCCCAAUCUCUUUUCAAUCGACUGACCCUUUCCCUCUUUAGAUGGAUCUCGGGCCGUUGCUUCAACCUGCCAACUGUGAAUGCCUUAAUUGCGACAGUGAGCAUCCUCUGGAACAUGCACUCAGCAAGGACAUGCGCUUCCUCAUGUCAGAUACUGACGAGCAGGCAAGUUUUGGAGCAUCUUAACUAUACUUACUUGUUAUUUUCAGUAGCAACUACUUACAGUUUUUAUUUCGUUUGCAGCUUAUUAUUUUCCUCACCUUCACUCAAGUAAUCAAGCUCCACUCCAUGCGUAUCACUGCACCCGACGGUACGUUACGUGGCUGCGCUACUGAAAACAUACUUUUCAGGGUCUUUAUUACAUCGUUUGUUGUCAGACAGGUUGAUUUAUCCUUGUUCGAAUUGAAAUUUAUGCUGCCAGCUUGGCAGUAUUUUAAACGCACGCACUUAACCAGUCGUUUGUCAGUAAAGUACAGUGAGUGGCCGAUCACAUGAAAUGUUGGCUGAAAUUCUGAAAUGCGUCUUCGAUUAGGAAGGAUUACUUGGGUGUGGUUGAAACACUGAUUAUCGUUUGGCAUAAUCCUAUAAUUUUUCGGACUCGGCAGGAUGUCAGCUUUUGAAUACAUUGCUUUUCAAUCUUCUGUAGAAACCGUACUCGGCAAGAAUGACUACUUAUGUAGCUUGCAUUUUUCCCAUUGAUUUUCGAUGGUCUUGCAAAUUUAAAUAUAUCUUAUAGAAACAAUAAGCAAAAAUACGCUUUCUUACGAUCAAUUAAUAGAGAAUCACGUCUUCUCUAUAUUUUAUACUCAAGGAUGGAGUAUAAUUAGGUUUUCAAAAAGUUUUCUAAUUACCGAAUAAUUUGGAGCCUGAUCAUUCGUUGCAUUAGCGCUUAGUGAUUUCAGUCUGCAAGUUACGUGCGUUUCGCGUAAGGAAAGUCACAUAUUUUUCUAUGCCAUUAAAUAGAUACAGGGUCCAUAAAAUUUUGCAGUGGAUGCGGACCAUGUUGUACAUUUCAUGAGGAGCUUUGGUAAACGACGAAGUACGAUGCCAUGUGAAUGGACAUUGAGAGGUCUUAAAAAAUCUUAUAUUUAGAAACUUUUCGAAAACCUAAUUAUACUCCUUCCUUAGGUAUAAAAUAUAGAGAAGACGUGAUUCUCUAUUAAUUGACCGUAAGAGAGCGUAUUUUUGCUUAUUGUUUCUAUAAGAUAUAUUUAAAUUUGCAAGACCAUCGAAAAUCAAUGGGAAAAAUGCAUGCUACAUAAGUAGUCAUUUUUGCCGAGUACGGUUUCUACAGGAGAUUGAUAAACGAUGUAUUCAAAAGUUGACAUCCUGCCGAGUCCGAAAAAUUAUAGGAUUAUGCCAAACGAUAAUCAGUGUUUCAACCACACCCAAGUAAUCCUUCCUAAUCGAAGACGCAUUUCAGAAUUUCGACCAACAUUUCAUGUGAUCGGUCACUUACUGUACAUUUGCCGCGCGGCGGUGGGGCUGGACCAACACGAGGUCUUGAAGAAGGAGACACGGUUGCCGGGACAAGAGCUUUAUUAGCCUGACGUUUCGGAUUCCUACUCAAAUCCAUCAUCAGAGACAAAAAAGCAGAAACGGGUGGUUGCUGCACAAGGGGCUGCGGUAUUUAUAGGAUGGACUGGGGGCCAGUAAACCAUGACUCCAGUAGCUCCCGGCUCACGCGGUUGUCGCCUCUUGCGAGGAUUUCGGCCUCAAGGAAUUUGAAUGUGUGGCCGGAUCUCGUCGAAUGAGCCGCAACUUGAGAGCUGGCGUCAUUUCUGCGCACCGCUGCCGCGUGUUCGGCCAUUCUCAUUUGGAGCGGUCUUCCGGUUUCUCCGACGUAGUUGCUUUGUCCGCAACUGCAUCAGAUCCGAUAAACGACCCCAGACGUUUCUAGCCGUGGCAGUGGGUCUUUCGGUUUCAUGACCAGACGCCUGCUGGUUACCUCCGGUCUGUGUGCCACUCCAACCCCAAGUGGUGCGAGAAGGCGGCCGACAGCUUCCGAAACGUUCUUAACAUACGGAAGUGCCCGCCAAGAUUUGGUGUCCGUGCGGUUAGGCCUUUCGUCCCUUUUGCGUAUGCACCGGUUGACGAAGUUGCGCGGGUAGCCAUUGGCUUUGAAGACCCGUCGGAGCUCUUGUCCCGGCGAUCGUGUCUCCUUCUUCAAGACUACUUCCUGGGACUCGUCUCUUCGCUUCUACUGCCAACACGAGGUGCCAGAUCAGGGCACGACACACGUUAUUGGGCUGUGCAUCCAUAACGUAUACCACACAUAAGGGGGUGUGCUGCUGGCACGCCUGGAUGCGGACCCACGCCGCGCCUGGGUCCGAUCCAACAUCCAGUCUUCUUUCAUCUAUGUUGAAGUCGGCCCAGGAGGGUGAGGGGGAAGAGAGUGCGAUAGAUGCUGCGCAAGUCUGCUCUCACUACAGAUAAAUUCACUCGCAGGUCACCAUCUCUGCACAUGCCAUGCUACGGUGGACAUAGCCAGACACAGCGGUCGAACUGUCGCAUCUGCGCCUAAUAGUAAGGACGGGUAGGUUUGCCGGACCUACUACAGAACUCGGGCAAUCUAGGAUAUUAAUCACAAAUAAUUUUUCAAAAAUUACCGUCUUUUCUGACAGAGCAGAAAAGUGCGCUGGCUGUUGGAGGCAGCAUUUGAUAGGAGGUUUAGGUAAACUCUGAACUACUGCGUCACCACGGCUGGGAAAAUACGAAAGAACGGGUGAUGGCAGCGUUGCCUGUUCAUAGGAGCCUGUUGUGGAAUUUACGUUCUGAUUGACUCUCAGCGUGAAGAUCUGUCCCGAGAAGUCGCUUUGGCUGUAGGGUAGAUUUGGAACAAGUGCUGGUGCACCGAAAGCAAAGACGUGCUCGCUUGCGGCGUUUUCCCUGAUGCAACACGGUCAUAUGGAGUGAUGACGCAGCGUUUCAUUUAAGAAUGAUUGACAGACAAAUCUGGAUCUGUGGAUUGAAUAGCGAUCGAUUCUGUGACGGAGUAUCUUGACUGUCCGAGGUGACAGUUAAAUAAAUAAUUUUUAUUAAAGACCCCUCGGGGUCCCAUCAAAGCAAGUAAAAAUAAAUGUUCGUAUGAAUUUUGGACAAGGCAGGCAGAAUCUGUACAAAGUGCAAUUCAUAGUUUCUGAACUUAUAGGGCGUUAAGAAAAAUGAUGAGCGAGCGGUGAAAAAAGACCUCCACUUAAAAACUUAAACAUGAUUGGGUUGAUUUUACAGGAGGAAAAAAACCCUCGCACAUAAUAACAAAAAGACAGGCAGGACUGGCCUGCAUGUGGCGGUAUAUAAGGAUUAUAAUCGGACAUCGUCAGGGCAGAAGUAAAUAUCAGCCUUGAGGGUUACGUAUGCCCGGUCGGACAGGACUGGCCUGCAUGUGGUAUUGUAUACGGGAUUCAGAACGGACAUCGUCAGGGCAGAAUUGACACGCCGGAUGAGACUAUUCGCGUCAAAGAGACCAGACCAGAGGAACCCAGACGCGAUCGGCCACAGUCCGCUUCGAGCCCAGCCGAGGAAUGGGGAAGGGGGGUACGACUAAACUACCAGUAGACGGCUAACAUUGGACAGUCGCUACUGACAAUCUCCACCGUAUGCCUUACCAGACGGUAAGCGCAUGGACGGUGACUUGCGCGUGAAUUAGUUUAUACUGAUCGGAAGCGGGAUCUGGCACAGGUGACUGACAAAGCUGAAUGGCUCCUCUGCGCGUGCCAAACACGGGCCACGUUUUCACACGAAGAAGGAUGAUGCGGCUUAGAUUCCAACUGUUAGGGAACUUUAACAAUUUGCAGAACAAGUUCUAUAAGGGUCCGCAUCCCCAAAUAAAAGAUAGGUAAGGUAAUUGUGUUCGGCCGGGAAGACGGGUUGCCCGUUAGCCUAGCUGCUGGCUACCCGGCGCGUCCACAGGUGGCGGAUAGUGGGACGACCUUCAGUGAAGGUUAGCUGCGAACUAAGCAGACCCACGUCUGACGAAUAAGCAGUCGCGGACCAGCAGCGACACUGCUACCAGGGUGCGGUGGGCUGAAGUCUGGCACGCUGAAAGCCUUAUAAAAUGCCGCAAAACCCAAUGACGGCCUUGUGACAUGGCGACCGUAAACCGCCAUUAAAUAAGUUUACUAGCCACCGCUGCCUUGUGGUUAGGUUUUUAAGCCAAAGCGCUAGAGGAGACAACCUCGAACAAACAAUCCGAGCGGCUGUUGGGGACCCGCCCGUAUUCGAAAUUCCCAAGAAACCUCAUGAAACAUGUCCGAUUACAGUCCAUGAAACAUUGUGGUCGGCGACAUCAGUUCACAAGUCGACACUGACCACCCCGUCUGGGCAGGAGCUCUUAGUCGUAAUGAGUUGGGGAGUUCAAAGCAACUGCUGGUAACAUUUACGGAACAGUGAGAAGACUUGCCCGACAGCCACCCCUCUAUGCCCGACUUACUGCCGAUUAUUACACAGGCAACUAGGUGGUAGUCCAAAUUGAUGUGCAUGGUAUGGACGAUACCAAGGAGACACAAUGAGACUACUAUAGUCAGUUAGGGCGAUUUAGAUUUCGAAUUCCAUCGAAAAAAUGAAUCUUUUUUUUGCCUGCGUCCUGUGGUUUAUUUAUUUCCCCCUUUUGCUAUUUUGGGCAAGGUAAAACUUCAGUUUCUACCUUCCAGACUGUGGUCCGAAGACGAUUAAAAUCUUCAUGAACCAGACAGCCACGCCGGACUUUGACACGUGCGAGACCGCUGAGGGCGUGCAGGAGCUAACGUAUGUUUUUCUUCUCCGCUUCAUAGGCGAGCCUAUUUCCCCUCUGACAUCGUACAGGCUGCUAAAUCCUCUUUUUCUUUCAGUCUGACUCCUGAAAAUCUAAAGUCGCACGCUCUGGUUCCCCUCAAGUAUGUCAAAUUUCAGAAUGUGAAUAGCCUUACCGUAAGUCCACUACUCGGAGCCCACUGAUAUUUUCACUUCGACUGCGUCUCAUCUGCUUGUUAUGAUACCCUAAUGGUCUUGGACAGUCGGUGCUGAGCUAGGAAGAUACGUCGGCUAGCAUCCUUUUUAUCGAAUUCCGUGAGCAUGCGGUGACCGUACGGCGUCUAUAUUUCUCUCAAUCAGCUCUGGGUGCGGCAACCUAGAAAGAUGGUGCAGGGAGUGUGCCGCGUACUACGCAGGACAGACACAAUAAAACGCCGUGGUUCCCGCGUGCCGGAGCUGAUACAAGAUAUAGACGUCUUCGUUGGUAUUGCUCCUCUUGAGGGCUAAAUAUUCAAAGUCCGCCUGAAGUGAUGCAUAUGCCGUAGCCCACAAACCCAACUGAUACCUCUCCAUCAAUCAUAGAUUACUUGUAGCACUUUUUAAAACUUCCUGAUGUCGCACGAUAGCUUCUCCCAGACCCUCCCUCCCCCUCGCAGUCUAAUCACGUUAUAAUUUUCCAUAACUGUCUCAAAAUGAAUUUACAGAACAAAAGUAGCCCGUGCGUAAGGUAAGGUGACCAUGGCACCAGUCUUUCACUGGUCGUGCCGUGCUGACCAAGUCAGUCGAACAGCGCUCUAAGCAAUAUUACAAGUGAGCUAGUAUCGAAAAAGAUAAGGGAGACCGGAGUGGCGAUUUCUGACUUAUUAGCCGUCAUCAGCCAGUCAUAAGCCUCAAGGCACAACGGAACGAGCAUGUUCCGUAACCUGAUCGGUGGGCGCACAUCUGUCUUAAAAAUUACAAGUAUCCGUCCGCCCAAGCCGACUCAAACUAGAAAAUUGAACGGAUUACAAGAAACUCAAAACAUAUUUCCACAAAUAGUGCUCAACACAUUCAUGUGAAGCCAACAAACUGGUGCGUUGGAGGCGAUAUAAAAUAGAUCACUUAUCAAAAGCCUCUCGGAGCCACACUUCGUUGCGACACUUGGUUGGGGCGCUUAAUUUUGUCCUGCUACUUAAAUCGAACAGGUAGGUUGGGAAGCCGCAAUUUUAUUGACAAUGAAGGUUAUCGGCCGGGGUCAGGGUUCGCGCCAAGUCGGAGUCGAUAGAUGCGUUGCUUGCCCUACGUGCUGUAGUGCGCUCUCCUCCACAGUGUCAGUAAAAACUUAUCAGCCUAUGACUGUGCGCAACUUUACUGCCCUUCAACUCACUUUCAGUCGGGCCGCGGCCACCCCAGGAGCACCGCCAAUGGCUUGAUACCUUUAUGUUGUCGAUCAGACACUUUUGGCUGCCUUUUAAUGUUAACCAGGCCAUCUGGGACAUGCGUUACCGCAGUCACAACUCUGAGAAGCCUGCCCAAUCAGCCAAUACGUUACAUUUAAUCUCCUACCCUCCAGGCUCAGAUGAUCCACCCUUCACGGCAUCUUCGAAGUUGGAGCUGGGAAAGUUGCUGACCAGUAGGCUAUUUGAUUGCCCAGACAGUGAACAUCUUCAGCGCCGUCUAUGACAUGACCAGCGACUAUCCUAGCAGUGUGCUGUUUACGCAGCCUGAUUUCUUUUUGAAUUCCUCUUUUUCCCUCAUUUUGCAGCUUUUUGUGAAAGACAACCAAACCGGAGCUGAACACACAAAGAUCACUAAUUUGUCCCUGUACGGCAAUCCGGUGAACACAACAAACAUGAGUGAUUUCAAGAGGGUACGUGCAUUUUGUUCUUGCACGUAACAGCCGCCCCAGUAGACGUAAGACGUUUUAUAGAUGUUCUUAAAACUUGCAAACCGAUUUCAUGAAACGUUCGGCCGUAAUUCUGAAAUGCGUUUUCAAUGUGAGAGAAUCAAUCAAGCGGAGUUGCAAUGUCAACCGCCGUGCAGCAUAAAUUCAGACUAUUUCAGUCACGUUAAUAUGCCGGCUUCUGAAUGAACUUAUUUCCGGCCACCUGCGAAGACCAUAUUCGGUGACAAGUGAUUACGUUAAUGGCAUGAAUUUUUGCCACCGAUUUCCGUACGCUCACAAAUUCAAGUAUAUUUUAUAGACAAUGCGCACAAAAUACUCCCUCUUAUGCUCAAUUAGUGAUAAGUUACGUAGUAUGCUUUGAAGGGGGUAUCCUUCAGCCUUAGAAGACUUCGAUUCUCGAUCAACUUUAAACCCGACCAGCUGUUUGGCUCGCAUUCAAGGCUUCCAAAAUAUCUGCUGCAUACUUUCGGUCUGAGGGAAGUCAUACACCUCUACGCUUUUAGGAGAACGUCAUAUAGGUCUCACAAAAUCUUUCAUUGGAUGUGGACCGUGUUGUAAACUUUAUAAACGGUAUUUAUAAGCAAACAGAUACGCUGCUUUGUGGAAAAAACACUUCCGUGUCAAAAAAUUUCAUAAUUUAAAACUUUUUAAAAGUAUGAAGUCUACAAAGGACACCAGUUGCCACCAGAUGAAUGCAAGAAAGGAUAUUUUAAUGCUUGUUUUCUAUAAAAUAUACUAGAAUUUAUAAAGGGCAUCGGAAGUCAAAUAAAAAAUGCAUACCAAUUAGGCAGCCCUUUUCUACCAAGCGUGGUUUUUGCGGGCGUUGGGCAAGAAACAUUCAAAAGCCAGCAUCCUGACGUGACUGAUAUUUCUUGGGAUCUUACUACACAAUAAUCAGUGCCAUAAGCCCACCUAAGUAAUCCUUUCUAAUCGAAUACACAUCAGAAGUUCGGGUUUUCAGUUGGUGAUAUAGGCCAGAUGCUUUACCUCGAAGUUGGGAAGGGCCUGCACUAAUUAAAAGGACCGAAACACUGCUCCCCCGGGCUUGCGAUGCACCUGUACUGCGCUGUUGACAUUUAGGUGGCUUCGAGGGAGAAUUGCAAUUAAUAUUACUGACCAUGCUCUGGCCACCACAGUUCCGGGAUCCCGUCCCCCCUGUAGGAGAACACGUUUGGAAAACAGCAGCUCGGGAGGCGUUUAUUCAGAGCAGAAGCCUAGUGACUGAGUUGUCGAGACGCGGCCGGCUGUAGACCUGCGCAAACUCCUCUCUGUAAAAAUGAACGUGAACGUGGACUCCUCCCCCCUGACAUACCAGCCGAUGUCAUCCCGAUGUUUUGGGGGAGUUUGUAAUCUUCUGCGGUGGUUUGUCCUUGGAGCUGCAAGCGCUCAUGCUCUACUCACACGGAGACCGUGGUGAUGCGACCUGUACGGUUGGAGCAGCAGUUGAGAGCCGUAGGCCGGCGUAAACAUGCCCUGGUGAGCUACCACAUUGGUAUGAGACAAGGGCUUUUCCAACCGGAACGAGAGUUCUGUCGGUAUUGAGCGGAAGAGGGUCUCAAAAGAAGAAGAUCUCGAUGUGAUUGUUUUUCACGUUUGGUUUGGAUUAUCUACCUGACCUGGUAUGAGUGAGCUUUGCUAUUGACAUUCAUGUCGAAGUUACGCCUUACAAUUCAUGCACAAAAUGCGUGUCAGGGGAAAACCGGCGAGAUUAAGUCGAGUGGAAAUUUUGUAACAAUUAAACCCAUUCAUGUCUGGCGGUCGCGUCUCGACCGUGUCGGGGUCACCAAUUUAAAGGGGGUGAAGAAGCCAGGUAUACUUUGAGCACCACGACCAUUAGGCUAGGUCUCGAUCAGUAGAAUGGGAUCUAAAAUAUCAGAAUAAGGAAUUUAUUAUAUGCAGGGCUUUCAUUAUUUUUCCAUUAGGUCCUUAAUACAAAACUGUCUGGAGGUACAUUUGAUCGCCAAAUAAGGUCAUUUGUCGAAAUUUGCAAUUGUCGCUCAACAUCGAGAUUUUAGUGAUUGGAACUUUCACCGAUCCGGCAGCGGUUGUACAUUGAGCCCUACAGUCAUCAGGUGAAGUCCCAGUUAAUAAGAGAAAGCGAAACACACCACAACAUGCACUCGAUCUAUUUACGAUCGACAUUGCUGCGGCCAGUCUCACUAAUCUGUCGCCCUGGGUCCCUGUAUGCGGGGAGCCCGUGACAGCCGAUCCACCAAAGUCAGCGCACUCGCACCAACAGUUUGGUAAUCGGUUUUCGGAGAAGUCUUCAAAUCUUGCUUCUUUGCCUUACGCCGAAUUACUUUUUCUCCUCAGGUCGCUGGCAAAAAAGGCGAAUCCCACGGCUAA